AUGCGCCUCCUAGAUACCAAGCAGCGGAUAAAAGUUUCUCUGCUUCUUAGUCAAUAUGUAGGAGUCGCCUUCAGCAGCGCUGCUCCUGAGAUCAAUCUGGACUUUGGCUCAUUUAGAGGCACCAACGAGCUUGCCAAUGUGGAUAGCUUUCUGGGCAUACCGUUUGCGCAGGCUGGCCGGUUCGAGAACCCGAUUAUGGUUUCGGCUGCAAACAAGCUUGAAGGUAUUCAGGACGCCAGCAAGUACGGGUUUCAAUGUCCCCAGGGGGCAACUGCGUCAGUUCCAACUGAGGGACUAGCUGAGCUUGGCCCCGUGCUGCAAGCAAUUGGCCUGUUGACAGCUCGCGGGACCCCAGCGCAGGAUGAGGACUGUCUCAGUAUCAAUAUUCAGGCACCGAGUGGGACUUCAGCUGGUGCAAACCUCCCAGUCUUAUUCUGGAUCCAUGGUGGCGGGUUUUCAACCGGAGCUAGUGCAAUUAGCAGCAACACAACAUCACUCUCGGACGCAGUAUACCAAGGCGGCAAGCUUGUCAAUUUCUCAGUUGAAAUUGGCCAGCCUGUCAUAUUUGUUUCUGCCAAUUACAGACUCAGUCUUUGGGGCUUUCUCGCUUCACAGGAAGUCACAGAUGCGGGUGUGGGCAAUCUUGGCCUGAAAGAUCAGCGCAUGGCUCUACAAUGGGUACAAAAAUAUAUUACGCAAUUUGGCGGAGACCCGGGAAAGGUAACUUUAUUUGGUGAAAGCGCGGGCUCACUGUCUGCGGCCACUCAUAUGGUCCUCAACGACGGUGAUACCGAGGGCCUAUUUCGAGGAGCCAUCAUGUUCUCUGGUGGAGCCUUGAAAUUACGAGAUUACAGCAGCUCUCAAGGCACAUUUGACCAGGUGGUUUCUGAUGUGGGGUGUACCGGAAGCCAGGAUCCUUUGUCAUGCCUAAAGAACGCGAGCUACUCUGACCUUGCGGCGUCGGCUCAAAAGUUCCCCGGUCUGAUUUCGUAUGCUGGUUCCUACAAUCCAUUCUUGCCCAGGCCUGAUGGAGACUUUCUCAAACAGUCACCUCACAGCUCAAUACGUGAGGGUAAAGUGGCAGAUAUUCCUUACAUGAUUGGCGAUGUGGAAGAUGAAGGCACGCUUUUCUCACUAGUCGCGCAACUCAACACUACGACAGAUGACGAGUUCGUUAAAUAUUUCACAAACACGUUCCCGGAAGUGUCUACGGAGCAACUAGAAGCAUUCACAAGCCUCUACGCAAACCUGACCGAAGAAUCAGGAACACAGACCCUUGGUCCUCAGUACAGGAAGCUGGCUGCAGCUAUUGGAGAUAUCCUAUUCCAAAGUGGCCGCCGAGAUCUACUCAACUUCACGCGAUCGACGCAGAAAGCAUUCAAUUUCCUUAUUGAGCAACCCGUCGAAGAUUACGCAAACCUUGCAGUGGGGAAUAUAUCUGCACUCCAGCCACUGGGCUCGUUCCACGUGUCCGAUGUUGUAUUAAACACAUUCGGAACUCUGGACCCUGCCGUUUCAAACAAUUCACUGCAUCUUAUGUCCGCUAUCAUAGCCUUCACUAACCAUCUUGACCCCAAUUAUUAUUGUCGCAAGGAUGAUGUUCCGUACUGGCCCGCGUGGGAUCCCGCUAUUAGGGCUCAAUUCCGUUUUGCAGAGUCAAAUACCACUGUUUUGGAAGACGUCUUUCAUGAGAGAGAGUUAGAUUUCCUAAACAAUAACGCAGAUGUGUAUUUACUAUGA